UUUCAGUUUCCAUAGAAACAGCUGACAUCAGCGGGAGAAGGAAGUUUGUUAAGUUAACUGGCUAGAUAUCUACAGUUUAGUCAUCCACAAGAUAUUCACCGUUAAGAUACAAAUUAAGUUAUGUUGGGGUUAUGCUACAUAAUAUAAGCCAAAUAUAAAUAAAUACUAUUUUUCAAACUAAGAGUAAACUUCCUAUUUUUCAAAACCAUGCUAACUAAGCUAGCUAACUUCAACUUCUGAUAGCUGUCGUCAAGUACAGUACAGUAGGAAUAUCUCUGUUCAACGCAGCUGAAUGCAGUCUUAUGGAGCCGCAGGCGACCUUGAGGCCCAGUUGGCCAGAAAGGAACGGGAGUGGAAGGAGCUCCAGAGCCUGCGCGUACUGCAGCUAGAAUCAUCACUCCGCGGAGCUCAGGACGAGCUUUCCGUCCUCAGACAGCGCUUUCAGCAGCUUCGAGACGACUUCCGUUACAACCUGACCGUGCUGGAGGAGAGGGACCGCGAACUGGAGAAAUAUGACGCAAAGGCAACAAGAGUUCAGGCCACAGAGACCGCCAGACAAGAGGAGGUGAGCCAGCUUCGUAUCCAGGUGGCCAAACUGCAAGAGCAGAGAGAAAAGGAGGAGAGAGAGAGAGAGGAGGAGAGGCGACGCAGCCAUCAGAGGGCUGCUGAACACAGGCUGCAGCUGGAAAGACUGCAGGGCUGUAAGGACGGAGACAUCCAGAAGCAGAGGGAGGCAUAUGAAGGGAUGAAACGAGAUCUGCAGCACCGCCUACAGGAGGUGGAGGGGGAGCUGGCCCUGCAGAAACAGGAGCUGAUGGCUGACUUUGACAAUGAGCUGAGACUGAGAGAGCAUGAGUUCAACCUGAGGAUGGACGAGAUGCGCGCUGUGGUUCUGGCUCACAAGCUCAAGGUCAAGCUGCUGUCUAAGGAGGCUGAGGUCCUGGCCCAGACCCAGCUCCAGACCCAGGAGAGGCUGACAGCUUCUGAGGAGCUCUGUCAGAACACACACACCCUGCUGCAGCGCAGGCAGCUGGAGAUACAGGACAUCACGGCGGUCAAGGACAGCAGGAUCAGGCAGCUGGAGGAGCAGCUGAGGAAGAUGGAGGCCAGGAGGAGGACAGAGGAGCAGGCCUGCAACAGGAAGCAUGAGGAUCUGGACCGGGCCGUGAGGGAGAGGGAGGCCCAGCUGGAGGCUCUGAGGGGGGCUCACUCCUCCCAGCUGGGCCUGGUGGAGACCCAGUCCUCCCAGCUGCAGAGCCAGCUUGACGCCAUGGCUGCACACACACGCAGGGCCCAGAGAGAGCAGGCGGAGGCACUCGCACACAGAGACAAGCAGAUAGAGAGGCUUCAUACUGAGCUGGAGACAACUCGAACUGGCUGGGAUACAUACAUCACUCAGGUUUCCAAGGAGACUGUCGUCAAGGACACAGAGCUGCUGGCCUUGCAGGAGAGAGAAGCCAAGCUCAGGACUGAACUGGAGAGGAGCAGGGGGGAGGCCGAGAGGUACAAGCAGCAGCUGGGCCUGGGUGUGGAGAGGGAGAAGGCCCUGGAGCAGAGGAGGGUGCAGCUGGAGCUGGAGUGGCAGAGACGCUGUGAGGACCUCAAGGCUGAGCACUACCUGGCCAGCGAGGGCUUAAUACAGGGCCUCACCCAGGCCAGGGACCAGGCAGCGGCAGAGCUGAGGGAGAGGGAGAGAGAGCUGCAGGACGUGGGGGUCUUACUGCACACCGUCACAGCAGAGAGAGACCAGGCCCUGCAGGGUACGAGACCAGGCCAGGGCGUGGCCUCCCUCCCGUCUGAAGAGCUGCGUCUGCUGCAGCAGCAGAACAGCAGUCUGAGGGCUGUGGUGGCCCAGAUGAGGUGGGACAUGGAGGUCCUUAGCCAGCAGAGGUCCCCUGCCCCUGCUCCUCCCCCUGCUCAUCCCAGAGUCCCAGGGGAUUUCACCUCCACCCUGCAGCCCGCUGGUCCUCCAGCCAAGACCACUGACAGCUCUGUCAAGACCAGUCCAGCAGGCUACACUGAGGCCAUGGAGGAGCAGCUGUCAGAGGUUAAGGCACGCUGCAGACAGCUGGAGGAGCAGCUAGAUGGGGCCACCAGAGCCCUGAUCCCCCCCACAGACUCCCUGGCCCCCCCACUGGCCCCCCUGCUGGACCCCAUCUCAGCAGACAACGCCUACCUGCAGAACCACAUCCGCUCGCUCAAUGAGACCAUAGGUGGUCUGCGUGUUGUGAAGGUUGCUUUAACUGCAGCAUUGAGAAAGCAUGAGGUGAGGGUGGCACACCUGGAGUCUGCCAUGGCCUCCCUCACACAGCAGUGUCAUUCCAAGCAGGUAGAGGGGGAGGAGCUGCGCUUGGAGCUGGCCAAUCAGAAGCGGAGUUGGAAGGCAGAGGAGGCGGGGCUGCACCAGAAGCUGGUUGCCGUAGAGAUGGAGUUGGCAGAAGUGAGGAGGGAGAAAGAGGAGUACCAAAAGGGAAGCAUCCUCACCAACCUGGAGACGGUUGCCCUGGGCAACCAGGUAUCGGCUCUGAAGAUGGACAUCGCCAGCAGGAGGGAGCCCAUUGUCUGUGAACAGAGUGAGAUGGUACAUGAGCUGCAGGAGGAGAACCUCCGUUUGAGACAGCAGCAGCUCCUAUCCCUGGGGUCUGGGGUGGGCCUGGGGGCCGCCCAGGGGUCUAAACCCAGCGCCCCGCUGCCAGAGACCAGGCUGAAGCAGGCUGCCCGCUGUAUCGCCCGUCUGAGCCGGGACAAGCAGCAGCUGAUUGAGAUGGGGAAUCGGCUCCGCUCCCAGCUCAUCCAUGCAGGACUGGAGGUCCCCCAGCCAGCGCCUGUGUUCUCUCCAGCACCAGAGGCAGCGGGGCCAGAGAGAGACCGGUCUGGCCCCGGACCGGAGCGUCAGCAGGGGCGGCUGUCUGUUCUGGAGCAGCUGCAGUACCAACUCACCACACAGGAACUGCAGUACGCUCAGAGGGAACCAAGGACGGGAGCCCCCAUCAGGGUACAGCCCCUCUCCCACAGCGAAGGUGGGGGGCGGGGCCCAGGCCGGGACAGGGCUGCCAACCCCUGGGUCCAGGGGAGCAGGGACACACACAGACAGCAGCGUUCUCGGAGCAAAGAGAACACGCCUCCUCUUCUCAGCCAAUCGCCAACCCUGUUGAAACGGGACGGGGCGUCGCGUUCCUCCUCCAGCCCGUGUGGUGCGCUGGUGUCGUCCCUAGCGACGGAGGGUUCGCUGAGGGAGGUGUGGCAGGUACUGGACAGAGGACCGAGCCCCUCUGUGCUGACCACACCCAGACUCAGCUCUGACACAGGAUCUAUUCACACAGGGGAUCAGGUGGAGAUGACCAGGUGUGAGCUGAAAGAGGCCAGUCCAGAGAGGCAGAUGAGGGGGCUACAAGGGACUAGAGCCCCUGUCCAGGAGAGGAGAACCACCACCAGGCCCAGCCAACCCUCAGCCAAAAUCAGGAACACCAAGCCUACCAGCAGGGGUGGAAAGAUCCGGAACUACAAUAUUAAAGACUGAAGGAUGGGCGUAGACAUAGACGGAUGGAUGGAUGGACACCAGUGAUAACUUUUGCAUUUCUGUCACCAAUCAUGAAAAUCCUGUGUGUGGCUGACUGUUUCCUCACCUGUCUCCUAUAUCAAAUGUUUUAUAAAUAAUUAUGAAUUACUGUGAAUUUUAAUAAACAAAUGCGCGCCAAAUAUCUUAUUUUAUGACUUGAAAUAUAUUACUUAUUUUUCAAUGUGGCGAUUUAUGUUUUCAGUGAACAUUGUGACAUUCGACUUCAUGCAGCACCGGCGGCGCCGACAGCCGUUUUCUAAACAAGUAACCACGACCGUCGUCGAACCAAUUUUCCCAAUGACAUCACUGUGCAAUGUACUGCUAUCAAGUCCCGCCCGUUUCUGUCAUCUCUUCAACCGAUUUCUUAGCCACUCCCUCUCAUUCACGAUGAUUGGAGGGGUUCACACACCCCCGCUCUAUGAUUGGUGCAUAACAAUGCCUAUUUAGAAUAUGGCGAAUGCCAUUACGUUGUGUACCACGUGUUUUAAAGCUGACUGUGUGGAUGAGAACCCCAAGUGAGCUGCUUCUUAUCAUGGCUGCCGGUGUUGCGAGACUGACUGUUUCACUAUAAGUUUUUUAAUAUUCACGAUAUAACUCGUUUGCAUUAAAAUCCAUACUUUAUAUUGACAAAAAACUGAUUCGAUUGAACUGCAAUCUAUAACAGACAUAGCUAGAGCCUUUUAUAGUGUAAUGCAAAACAACCAAAUGCAACUCUUUUAAAAUACUAUGCUGUUUGGCUAAAUAUAAUGAUGUAGUUUCACAGGCAAUGUACAAAACAUGCAUGUACUACAAAUACGAAAGGCUUGAUAUAAAACUAAAUUACUUUGUUAAUGAUGAAAGUCG